AUGGUUGCCAUCAUCGGAACAGCACUACAUUGGUCGGAUAUACUAGUUUUAUUACUCUAUUUUUUGCUCAUUCUCGGCUUUGGAGUUUGGAGUUCAUGCAAGAAUCGUGGCAGUGUUGGUGGAUAUUUUCUUGCUGGUCGUUCAAUGCAUUUUAUACCGGUGGGCGCAUCCUUAUUUGCAUCGAACAUUGGCAGUGGUCAUUUCAUUGGCCUUGCUGGAUCUGGUGCCUCAAGCGGCAUUGCUGUUGCUGGUUAUGAAAUAGGUGCGGUUCAUUGGCUGAUGGUACUCGGUUGGUUAUUCGUUCCAAUUUAUAUGAAAGCAGAAGUAUUCACAAUGCCACAAUAUAUAAAAAUGCGUUACGGUGGUGAACGUAUUCGAGUUUAUUUAACAUGUCUUGCACUAAUGUUAUCAAUCUUUACCAAAAUAUCUGUUGAUCUCUAUUCCGGUGCUAUUUUCCUCCAACAAGCUUUAAAUUGGAAUCUAUAUGCCUC